UUUGUGCUUCCACUGAAGGGGCGGGACUUUGAGCGGUCGCCUAACGAUGACGUAGAAUUUCCGCGCUAGAGCCUUCGCGUUUACUGCUCGUGUGAUUGUAGCUGCCACCGGCUCCGAUUCCAAUAUGGCAUCAGCUCUGGAGAAUUAUAUCAAUCGAACAGUUGCUGUAGUUACAGCAGAUGGUAGAAUGAUUGUGGGUACACUGAAAGGUUUUGAUCAAACCAUAAACCUGAUUUUGGAUGAAAGUCACGAACGAGUUUUCAGCUCAUCCCAAGGAGUAGAGCAAGUAGUGCUGGGUCUUUACAUUGUAAGAGGAGACAAUGUGGCAGUCAUUGGAGAAAUUGAUGAAGAGACAGAUUCUGCACUGGAUUUGGGAAAUAUUCGAGCAGAGCCACUAAACUCAGUGGUGAAUUGAGAAACUCUGAAGAAGUUGUGUAAAUCUUGGACUGUAUAUGGUUUAUUGAAUACAAUAUUUUUUACAAACUAAGGAAUUAGCAAGGAACGUUGUACUGUUUAAAUGUUUUUAUUUUGAAUGUGUCCUACUUUCAUAUGUACAUUAAAAUCUUUCUACAUUUUAAA